UUCUGCCUACCCAUUAUUUCUUGGACCAUGUUUCUUUGCUAGACUCAUCGGACGAUUGCUUCACGGGUGGCCAUGGCGGCGAAUGACUGGGGAAGCCUGAUUGCAGAAGAGGUGCAGGAACUCUGCAAUCGAGAAGACUUAGGCUCAGCUCCAGUUUGCCAAGAAGAGCCUUCAGGUAGUACAGUUGAGCAUCCAGACGCAGAGGAUGCGGGCUCAGCUGAGGAAGGUGCUCUGGCCGAGCUGCGGCGCUUGGCUGCCAAGCCUCUGUCCAAUCCGUAUGUUGGGCUGAAGCCUUGCCCAUCUGGAGGGUAUGAAUUUCGAGAAAAGCAUUCCACAAAGUUUCCCCAGAUUGAGCUGCAAGAAGGUGAAACUGAUCUUCAAGCUGCAUACAGAGUUGCUGCAGAGUGCCGUCAAAAAGGCCUCGAUGCAUUCCAGGAUGGAACAAAAUUCGUGGCAGCGCAGGACGCCGUUGAUUCCUGGGGUCAGGGUAUCCUGGCCCUGCAUCGCUUGAGGAAUUUGAGCGCUCGGGCGGUGUCCGAAAGCGAUCAAAAGGCGCUGCAGCUCCUUCAGGGCAGCCAACCAGUGCAAUCAGUGAACGCGUUGGAGCUGGUCCUAAGACUCAACAUUGCUCAAGCCUUGAUCAAGCUCCGGCAACAUGAGAGUGCUCUCUCCCAUUGUCAGGCUGCCUUAGACUUGGAUCCCAAAAAUAUGAAGGCCUUAUGGCGAAAAGCCAAGACCCUGUGGGCCUUGCGCUGCCCGGGUGAAGCGAAAGACGCCUUGGAGGACUUUUUGAAAGUGGAUCCGGGGAACCCUGCAGCUCGGGCGAUGCUCUUGGAGAUUGAGACUGAGGAAUUGAAGCGCAAAGCGAAGCGCGUGGGUCCCAAGUUCGCCUUGGAUGCCAAGAAGGCGCCCCGAAGCGAUCGAACUGCUACAGAGGCGAACGAUCCCGCCGGAAGUGUGGAGUCUCGAAUCUUAUUUUGCUGCAGAAGAAAGCGAAAACAGAUGUAAAUAGCAUGGUCUCAGCUUGUGUGUGUUCGCCUGAAAGAGAAGGCGGAAGCACGACAACCUGAAGCUCAAAAAGGUGUUACACGAG